AUUAUCAUUGAACUAAAGUAUUCAAGUGUGAUAUGAUAGUUUUUAGUUUUUAAAUGUAGAUGUGAAUGUGUUGGAUAAGAUUAAAAAUAAAAAAUUAAUUAAGUUUAUAUUUUAUACCACAAAAAAACAUCUUUUAAUAGUUAAAAUGCUGGAAAGUAUUAAUCAGUGCUUUCUAAAUUUUUCCUUUUGCUUAUAAAACCAAAAGGGUUACCAAAAUUUUGGUAGAAUGCAAGUUGAUUGAACUUUUGCUUGGGAUUAAUCUGACCACAAUUGGAAUUUGCCUUCAUAUCUGGUCGAUGGCCUUAUCUGUCCCCCCUUUUUGGACCCUGUCAAUUACAUGGUCUGCGUAGAUGGAGUUUAAUAUUGUUGUUGUUGUUAUCCAGGAUGCUUUUUCUAGCCUGGCAAAAGCGACAAUUGACCAAAAACAUCGAAUAAAUUAUUCAGAAUGAGCAGUUUUUUUUACCUCUUCUGCAUUAUUUCACGCAAUGACCUCAAUGAUAUAUGUUUCCUUCAAACAUGACGACUGCAUCUUUAUAAAAAUCAAAGUAGAAUUCCCACGAGCUUUAUAGCCUUAAACAGAUAUCUAUCUAUACAUGUUGGCCCUUCACCAGAAAUUUUGUUAGCAAAACAGUUUUGAAGUUCAUAGAUUGAAUUGAAGUAUUGAACAACUACAACAUGUUGCCAGAAGAUUGUCUGGCUACUGUUCUUUCCUUCACCUCCCCUGAAAAUGCUUUCAGAUCAUCGUUGGUUUCAUCGACUUUUCGAUCAGCAAUUGAUUCGGAUAUGGUUUGGGAAAGGUUUCUGCCUCGGGAUUAUCCUGAAAUAGUAUUGAGUUUGGUCACUCCUCUGAAGUUUUCUUCAAAGAAAGAACUAUUUCAGCGUCUUUGUGACCCAGUUCUCAUAGAUGGUGGUAACAAGAUUUUCAAGUUGGAAAAAUCAUCAGGCAAGAAAUCUUACAUAUUAUCUGCAAAAGAACUUUCCAUCACAUGGAGCUCCAAUCCAUUGUAUUGGAGCUGGAUAUCUAUGGCUGAAUCAAGGUUUUCCAGGGUGGCUGUGUUAAGAACAACUGAUUGGUUAGAAAUUCGAGGCAAUAUCAGGACUCAAAUGCUGACCCCAAACUCAACAUAUGGUGCAUAUCUUAUAAUGAAAAUCUCCGACCGUGCAUAUGGGCUUGAUUCGAUGUCAUCAGAGAUAACUGUGGAAGUGGGAAACCAACAAGUUUCUUGUAGCAGUGUUGUUUUAGAGCAUCAUCAGGAGAGCAAGAAACAGAUGGAAAUGUGGAAAUCAAGUGAAGGGAUUGUGAGUGAAAGGGAAGAUGGGUGGAUGGAGAUUGAACUGGGACAGUUCUUUACUGGGGAAAAUGAUGAGGAAGUGAAGAUGAGUUUGAUGGAGGUUAAGGGUUGUCAUCUCAAAGGAGGGCUUGUAAUUGAAGGUAUUGAAGUGAGGCCAAAAAAUUAAGGCUAGUAAGACUGGUUUUAGUGAGAUUGAAAAAAAUAAUAAAAGUUAUUGUAAUUGUGAUUGAAAAACAAAAGUUAU